AUGACGGCAUAUCCGCUGGGAAAUGGAAAGCUGGGAGCAAUGCCACUUGGGUUGGUUGGGGAGGAUAUUGUGGUCCUGAAUGAGCAUAGUCUUUGGUCCGGAGGCCCUUUCCAGAGCCCUGAUUACAUUGGUGGCAACCCACCGGCUCCAGUAUAUACGGCUCUUCCAGGCAUUAGGCAGACGAUUUGGGACACUCAGAUCAACAACGACAUCAGUGCCUUGUAUGGAGAUCCUACAUACUACUACUAUGGCAACUACGAGACUCUCGGCAAUCUCACCGUCAACAUAGCUGGAGUGAACAAGUACACCUCUUAUAACCGUGCGUUGGACCUCGAGACCGGCAUACAUACAACCGAGUUCAAGUCAAACGGAGCCAAGUUUACUAUAACGACCUUUUGCACUGUCCCCGACCAAGUCUGUACAUACAACAUCCAGUCAAACAAGCCGCUGCCUGCUGUGACAAUUGGCUUGCAAGAUUCGCAAAGAAGCAAUCCUUCAUCAAAUGCGACAUGCGAUGCCAAUGGAGUGCACCUGAGAGGCCAAACGCAGGAGGACAUCGGUAUGAUCUUUGACGCCCGCGCGCAAGUCAUUAAUCGCCCUAAGAGAACCACUUGCACUUCGUCACAUGGCCUCUCUGUUCCUUCGGACGGCAGAACUACCUCUCUCACUGUCGUGUACGCAGCAGGAACGAACUACGAUCAGAAGAAGGGAACUAAAGAGAGCAACUACUCCUUCAAGGGUGUCGAUCCAGCACCAGCUGUUCUAUCAACGAUCGAGAAGGUUUCCAAGAAGAGCUUCAGCAGCAUGUACAAUGCCCAUGUGAAGGACCACAAUGCCUUGUUCAGUCAAUUCAGCUUGGAUAUCCCAGACACUGACAAAUCGGCUUCCGUGCCGACCGCGACGCUGAUGGAGAACUACGAUUAUGACAUUGGCGACCCAUUCGUUGAGAAUCUCCUUUUCGACUAUGGAAGAUACCUCUUCAUCGCGUCGUGUAGAGAUGGAUCGCUGCCUCCCAAUCUGCAGGGUAUUUGGACGGAAUCGCUCACUCCUGCAUGGAGCGCAGACUAUCACGUCGAUGUAAACGUCCAGAUGAACCACUGGCACACUGAGCAAACAGGUCUUGGAGGGAUCCAGGGACCGCUGUGGGAUUUCAUCAUCGACACAUGGGUGCCUCGAGGAUCGGAAACGGCUGCAUUGCUGUAUGACGCUCCCGGAUUUGUUGGCUUCAGCAACCUCAACACAUUUGGGUUCACGGGCCAAAUGAACUCUGCGGUCUGGUCCGAUUACCCAGCGUCUGCUGCUUGGCUAAUGCAAAAUGUAUGGAACCGAUACGACUACAGCCGUGACACACACUGGUGGAAGACUGUCGGAUAUCCUCUCAUGAAGUCCAUCGCCGAGUAUUGGAUCCACGAGAUGGUGCCCGAUCUGUACUCCAACGAUGGCACACUCGUUGCCGCUCCUUGCAACUCACCCGAGCAUGGUUGGACGACGUUCGGCUGCACACACUACCAGCAGCUCGUCUGGGAAGUCUUUGACCACGUAAUCGAAGGCUGGGAAGCCUCGGGUGAUAAGAACACUACGUUCCUCGAGACCGUCAAGGAGACACAGUCCAAGUUGUCUCCCGGAAUCAUCAUUGGCUGGUUCGGCCAAAUACAAGAAUGGAAGAUUGGUUGGGAUCAGCCCAACGACGAGCAUCGCCACCUUUCUCACCUUGUGGGCUGGUAUCCGGGCUACAGCAUCGGCACGCACAUGUGGAACAAGACCGUCACCGAUGCCGUCAAUGUCAGUUUGACGGCCCGAGGCAAUGGCACUACAGACUCGAAUACCGGCUGGGAAAAGGUCUGGCGAGUCGCAUGCUGGGCGCAGCUAAACAACACUGACAUCGCGUACACGUACCUCAAAUAUGCCAUCGAUAUGAACUACGCAAACAACGGCUUCUCUGUUUACACCACAGGCAGCUGGCCAUACGAGCUCGCAGCGCCCUUCCAGAUCGACGCCAACUUUGGAUACAGCGCCGCGGUACUGGCGAUGCUCAUCACCGACCUGCCGGUUCCGUCUGCGUCCAAGGCCAUCCACACAGUCAUUUUGGGCCCGGCCAUCCCGCCAGAGUGGAAGGGCGGCUCUGUUCGGGGCAUGCGUAUCAGAGGCGGAGGAUCCGUCGAUUUUUCGUGGGAUGAUAACGGCUUGGUGAAUAAGGCGACGCUUCAUAACCAGAGGGAGGCGAUCAAGAUUGUCGAUGUGAAUGGCAAGGUCUUGAUUCAUCAGUGA